CUGAGCUGUGCUCAAGUCGCGCUGAAGCCUGCGGAAAGGUGGAUCCUGCUCACGUCACUGGCCGUCACAGCUGGCAUGCGCAGAGGUCGCUGGUGGCACCUGCAGCUCAGGCAUGUGAAGAUGACCCUGCUGGCGGGCGAGGGCUCUGACUGCGACUACAGCGCGCUGAGCUGCGCCUCGGACUCGUCCCUGAACGCUCCUCCUCUGCAGGAGCAGCAGGCCCAGAAGGGGGCCUUCUACCAGCGGGCCCAGCCGGCCCCCAAGUCCAGCAGCCUCCAGGACGGCUCCCGCCGGCUCCACGCCAUCAUCAACGUGGGGGGGCUGCGCUACCAGCUGCCCUGGAGCACCCUGGAGGACUUCCCCCUGACGCGGCUGGGCCGGCUGCACCUGUGCCGCAACCUGGAGCAGAUCAUGGGCCUCUGCGACGACUACGACGUGGCGCACCACGAGUUCUUCUUCGACCGCAGCCCCUGUGCCUUCAGAAGCAUCCUCAGCCACCUGCGCGCCGGGAAGCUGCGCUCGCUGCGGGAGAUGUGCGCCCUCUCCUUCAGGGAGGAGCUGCUGUACUGGGGCGUCCCUGAAGAGAGCCUGGAGUGGUGCUGCCGCCGCCGCCUGCUGCAGCGCCUGGACCAGAUGGAGGCCAUCGAGAGGGCGGAGAAGGAGGAGGAGAAAGAGGAGGAGGAGGGGGGUGUGAUGGAGGAGUCCCGGCUGAGCCGCUGCAUGGGGCGGCUGCGGGACAUGGUGGAGAGGCCUCAGUCAGGACUGGCCGGGAAGAUCUUCGCCUGCCUGUCCGUCCUGUUCGUGGCCAUCACAGCCGUCAACCUGUCCGUCAGCACCAUGCCGGCCAUGCGGGCGGAGGAGGAGGCGGGCACCUGCUCCCAGAUGUGCUACAGCCUCUUUGUGGUGGAGACGGUGUGCGUGGCCUGGUUCUCCCUGGAGUUCUCGCUGCGCUUCAUCCAGGACCGGAGCAAGCUGACCUUCCUCCGCCAGCCGCUCAACCUCAUCGACGUGCUGGCCAUCCUGCCCUACUACAUCACCCUGCUGGUGGACAGCGCCGCCCCCGGCCAGAGGCGCCCGGGCUCCGGCGGCAGCUACCUGGACAAGGUGGGUCUGGUGCUGCGCGUCCUGCGAGCGCUGCGCAUCCUCUACGUGAUGCGCCUGGCCCGCCACUCUCUGGGCCUACAGACCCUGGGGCUGACCGCGCGGCGCUGCACCCGCGAGUUCGGCCUCCUGCUGCUCUUCCUGUGCGUGGCCAUCGCCCUCUACUCCCCCCUGCUGUACCUGAUGGAGAGUGAGAUGGCCUCAGCUCAGGAGUUCAGCAGCAUCCCCGCUACCUACUGGUGGGCCGUCAUCACCAUGACCACCGUGGGCUACGGCGACAUGGUGCCGCGCAGCGUCCCGGGGCAGGUGGUGGCACUGAGCAGCAUCCUGAGCGGCAUCCUGCUCAUGGCCUUCCCCGUCACCUCCAUCUUCCACACCUUCUCGCGCUCCUACAUGGAGCUGAGGCAGGAGCAGCAGAGAGCGCUGCAGAGGAGGACGCACUUCCUGCUGCGCAGCCGCGUGGCCGGCCUGGGCAGCAGCCUCUCCCUGGACGGGGGCGUCCUCUUUCCUGGUGGCUCGCCAGACGACGUUAACCUGGACCGCUGA